GCGUAUUUUAUCUUCUCCUUCAGGAGACACCUACAAUUUCAAGGCUACAGGCAAGGCACAAUGCGCAGGAUCAGGUGCUGAGGCGCAAGAGCAAUCCCCGUGCAAGCAACACGCGAAGCCAUUCUAUGUAGCAGGCCAUCAUACCAUAAGAUUUGUGGCAUUGGAUGCUGGCCAAUGAGAAGCCUUCUUCUGAAUCGCUGCAAGAGCUCUCGCAGUCUUUCUCUUUGAUCGAUACCCUCAGCAUAUGGAGGCGUGCGCGCUGCGUGCCCUGUGGAUCCUGAGCAGCUCCUCAGGCGAGGUGUGCUUCUCUCGCAAGUUUCCCUCCGUCGAGCGCCAGUGGCGGCAGCUACAGUCUGCAGCUACUGAUGCAGCCAGACUGGAAAAGCCCUCAAGAAGCUCAGAAGAUGGUAGCAAUCUGCAGCCUGAACAGCCCCAAUCUGUGCAAUCGGUGUCCCCAGAGAAUGCUCCAAACGGCAGUAGGCCGGGUGUUAGGACGAUGCCGUUUGUGACGCAGAGACUCGCUCCUGACCACACAGGCAGUGUAGCACAGCAGUCAGGACAUGGCAAACAGUCAGAUGGAAGUUUGGAGAUUGGUGGAAGGAUCCCGUUUGAUGCUGAAGUCGCCCGGUGCUUUCAAAAGCACCAAGAAGCCAUGCGCGCAAGCCAGGGUCUGCGGAAGCUGGGGAAUCCAGCAGGGACUGAUGCAUGGCUAGAUGACCCGCUGACUCAGCACGUGAUCGGCCUGCGCACGGAUGGGGGCCUGCUCUGGCCGGUCGUCAAGCACCACGCACAAGGGGCGUUCACCAUUCUAGUUCUCCCGCUGGUGGACCCUUUUGUCGUGGAAAGUUUCCAGGCGCUGCAGUGUUAUGAGUCUGUCAACUCCUCAAGCGCCCCAAAGAUUGCUGACCUCUCCACCUUGGUGCUGCUGACACCGGCCAUCACCAUGGCUCUCGCUGUCGCCGCCGCACUCGGUAACGUUCUGACGCCCCCUCCCGCAAUCCCCCCCCCAAGUGCGCCCUCCGCUGCUUCUCUCUACUCCUUCGGCCUGGUAGACAGUCUGACGGGCUUCGCAAAGAGCGGCUCUCAGAAAGGUGGGGGAGUACCGAGUGUUAGAACGGAACCGGCGGGCUCGUCAGCGGGGGUUCUUAGGAAGGAGGACAAAGAUGCACUGCGGACAUUUAUAGCUGGGGCCAUGCCUAUGGGACGGCCCCUGGACUUGAACCCCUCGCUGACGUCCGCCCUUGCGUCAAACGGCUUUGGCGCAGCGGAUGUCCCCCCCGCCGAUCUGACGCAGCCGUACUGGAAGCCCUACCUGUACCGCGGCAAGCAGCGCCUGUUUCUGAUGGUCAGGGAGAGGGUCACCGCAGCUCUUUUCGACAGACCAGAAGUGGAGGACGUCGUAUCCAUCAGCGGGGAGGUCGUAUGCCGCGCCGACCUGGAGGGCCUGCCUGACGUCACCGUGCCACUGUCGUUUCCUAGAGGCGCCAGCGUGCGCGCGCUUUCAGUUCAUCCAAAUGCACAGUCUCCCGAGCCCACCCCCUACGGCGCCACGCUCUGCCUGUCCCCUCCCUUGGGCCUGUUCACACUCGCCCGCUACCAGGCCCCCGGACGGUGUGAAAAGGCGCCCAUCCGCGGCUUCCUCCAGAUCCAGCUGCUUUCGGAGUCGAAGGCGGCGGUGCUCAUACGACUGACGCUAAUGGAGGGGCUCCGAAAGGAGAGCAGUUUGGAACACUGCACGCUAACCAUACCCUUUCCUGGAAGGACGAUUGUAUCGGUGGAAGGGACUCCCUCCGUUGGUUCGCUCGCGCCUCAAGACGGAUCGCUGGUGUGGCGGGUGGUUACGCCCGGGAGAUGGUUCGGGGGGAAGACCGGCGAAGCCACGCUCUCGGCGACCGUGCUUACAGCGCCCGGGUUGAAGGGACCGGGCACUACAAUGCCAGAGGCCGGGCCGAUGGAUUACACGGCCGAUGACGUGGAUGAUGACGCCACGACCAGCUCCGCCAGCCGGCCUGCCACGUGGGCCGAUCCGUUCGCCUGGGAUCAGUACAGUCAUGCGCGCGUCUCUUUCAAGGUUUCGGGCUGCUCCUUGACUGAAACCGCGAUUGACACCUCCAAGGUUCUGAUUUACCCUCCGGCAAAGGCCUCCGUCGAAGCGACUUACGAGGUCGUCGAGGGCGACUACAUCCUGUGGAACUCCCUUGGCAAAUCGCCCCCUCUGCAUCACCUUCCCUUCCUAGAACGGCAUGGAGCGAAUGCUUCAUCGCCCAUUGCGUGACCGGCCCGUUGAUCCUCCAUGAGCUUUGCCCGUCCUAGUAGUGCAUAACUUUGAUGAAGACGCAGACCCGGCGUCUCGAAGGAAAAGACUGGAGUUCUGAUACUUGUUGCAUAUGCGCACCGCCUCUUUCUGAUGGCAACCAUUGCCUCCUUCCCGCGACCAGUCAUUCUUUAAACAUGGUGCACUACAGACAUAUAUAGCAGGCAGCUGGCCGGGAUGGUGUACGUGGCUGCACAUGUGCAAAGGAGCUCGAAAAGUGCGCAUGCGGUACUGGCAUAGGUCCAGAGG